AUGAAAUCCGAUAGUGAUCCAGAGUCCAGCAGCGCCCUAGCGGGCUUGCCAUUUAUGUGGACCACCACCACUACCGGCUUUGGGAUUUUACGCUUAAAAUCCUUGGCCACUGCCGCACUUCGUUGGAGCGCAGGAGGAAUCGAGCGUCUGGUGCAGAAGCCUGAAUAUAUUAUAUUCGUGCGCCGUAGCCGACAGCUCAUCAUACAAUGCAUCGGUUUUCUACCAGCGAAGCAGACAAACGAACGCACUCGAAGCGGCUUGGUCUAG